AUGCCCCGGCCCAUUAUCCCAGACAUGGUGGCCAAGACUCCCGAAGUCAAUCCGCAGAUCGUACAAUUUCUAUCAAAAACCAACUGGAAGCCGAAGAAGGGACUAGACUGCUCCUUACGGAAUUGCCAGGUCAAGUUCCUAGACACACUAAGCCCUAUUACUAAGCUCUAUGAACUGUUGGAGACAGCACAGUCGGGAGAAACCCGACUUUAUUAUAAUACAUCGUUUGGAUGGCUGCAACGCCUGGUGUGCAUGGUUGGCAAUGCUAACUCGGCCAUGUCCACCAAACGCAGGAAAGCCAUCCUGCUCAAAAUAGAACCAAAACUAGCUAGCAUGGCUACCAACGAACCCGGAGCAGCCGCUAAAGGCCUAUUAUUUGGUAAGUCCUUUGUCAAGGAGCUCAGAUCCUUUGUCAAAACCUUCACAGCGCUAGAUAAAGCUCAGAGCUUCAUUAAACGAGUUUUCCACCAAAAGGUUUUUGGUGUGGCCGGAAGAGGGAGGAGCUGUCUAUGCGGCCGUAACCCCGGGGCUUUAACAGACGGGGCAGCGGCUCCUUCCACCCAUCUAGACCAGUGCAGGAACGUGCCUAUACCCCUUUCUUCCCAAUUAGAGGACGUCCUUGGAAUGACCCCAGGAAAACGUCCUUAUGGUAAGUACUGUGAAUCCCAAUUUUUCCCAUGUAAAGGUGGGGAGAAGGCUGACUCUAUUUCACCGAGCCUAGGCUAUGAUUACAUCCGACACAUUGGUGCUACAUACUAUCCAGGGAUAUCAUUUAGAAUUAACGGCUUUACCUAUACAGGACACCCCACCUCAGGCGCUCAUGAUGUCCGCAGAACAUCACAAUCUGAUCUCCACGGAUAUCAGGGUAUUGAAAGCAAAGAAUGCUAGAGAGGAAAUCCCUUGGGACAAAAAACAGGAUAUGUGAGCAACCUUCUUCUGGUCCCAAAAAGGGCAGAGGCGUCCGCCCAGUCAUAAAUUUGCGACCGCUGAAUGCCUUUGUCCAAUAUCAGCAUUUCAAAAUGGAAGGCAUUCACUGCCUUAGAGACCUACUACUACUGGCAGAUUGAAUGGUCAAAUUCGACCUGAAAGAUGCGUACCUGACGCUUACCGUGGCAUGGACCUGCUACAAUUCCGAUGGGAAGUGAGGAAAUGGAGGCUGUCCUGUCCUCGGCCCCCUGGUGCUUCACAAAAGUCCUGAAACCAGUGGUGAUCAUCCUGAGAAUACACGGGAUAUGAUUAAUCAUCUACUUAGAUGAUAUCCUUCUACUGUCACAAACACAGGAACAACUGACUGUCCAUGUCACUUGGACCAUACACCUCCUUUAGAUCCUAGGUUUCUUGGUGAACUGGGAAAAGUCAGUUCUACAACCAUGUCAACAUAUGGAGUUCCUGGGAUUCCAUUCAACAGGUUCUAUGCCUCCCGGCAGAGAGAAUAUCGAACAUCAAGAAGGAGGUAAAACAGUUGAUGAACUGCCUGGACAUAUCCCUGCGGCAACUAGCGAGAGUCAUCGGCCUGUUGGCCACCUCCAUCCAGGCAAUUUUCACGGGCCCAUUACACUACAGGGCUUUACAAAGACUGAAAGCAUCCUACUUGAGAAGUGGCCAUUCAUACGAAACACGCAUUUCAAUAGACAAGGAAUCCAGGGAAGAAUUAACCUGGUGGCUGGCCCGCAUGGAAUUGGUGAGCAAUAUUCGCAUCCACUCCAGAUCUCGUGAUAGAAUCAGACGCAAGCUUACAUGGCUGGGGCGCGCGUUGCUGUCCCAUAUCCACCGGAGGCAGAUGGUCCACAGACAAAUCCUUUUUGCAUAUCAACUGCCUGGAACUGCUGGCAGCCUUGUUUGCCAUUUGCAGUCUCUCUCCCAAGAACAUAUCUUGUUCGAGCCUCUUCAAACUAGACAACGUUUCCGCCGUCCGCUACAUCAAUCACCUGGUUGGAACCAAAUCACGAAUAUUAGCACUCUUGGCCCGAGACUUCUGGCAUUAUUGUCUACGACACAACAUAUCGGUGAUGGCAGAACACAUCCCAGGUCUGGAAAACUACACGGCGGACUGGAACUUCCGUUACCUGAAGGACAUGGGGGAUUGGAAACUUCAGCCAUCUAUAUUCAGGGAGAUUGCCCGCCUCUGGGGGCCUUUACAAGUGGACCUCUUUGCGUCCAGACUGAACAUUCAACUUCCGCAGUUCUUCAGUUGGAGGCCAGACCCAAAAGCAAUGGCAACGGAUGCGUUCCUUCAAGAUUGGUCCACAAACCGGUCGUAUGCCUUCCCUCUGUUCAACCUGAUUGCUCGGACUUUGGAUUGGCGAGCCCGGGUAUUCACCCCAGAAGGAGUAUCCUUCAACAUCUCACGGAGGACGAAGUCUGCGACUAAGAACGUCUUCUAUCCUAGAUUCCCAGGUCAACCGAACCUGUGCCCAAUUGCAUAUCUGAAGGAAUAUGAAUUGUGCACAACUCCAUUGUGCCCAUCAGAAGACGGCCAUUGUUCAUCUCAUUCAAGGGAACUCACCUACCGGUGUCUACACCUACUCUGGCUCGCUGUGCCAAAUGGCUGUUAACCUCAGCCAGGACUGAUACCACAAUCUUAUCCUCUCAUUCGGUCAGAGGCGCUCUGGCCUCGAAGGCGUCAACGAUAGGUUGUAGAUUGGAAGAUAUAUUGAAGGCCGCAGAUUGAUUUUUCAGAAAUUACUACUUUAGACCUAUUCAACACUUCUCAGAGUUAGUUGUGACUCAGCUUUAAACUAGCAUAAUAGGAGCCUCCGUGUCCCAGAUUUUACUAUUAACAUGACGUAAAGUCAUGAUUUUAUUAAUGACACAGAGGCAAGAAUUAUUCCCACCCACCCUCCCUCAGGUUAGGACAUUGGGAUGACUUUUUACUGAACGCCAACUUAUAUUAGAUCUGUGUUGGUAAGUACACACAUUAGGUUCUUGACAUGAAUAUCAGGUUAAGUUAUAUGGUUAGUUUUGAAUUGUCUUUCUUGAUAAUACCUCACAUAUCGUCACAUAUAUAUGCGGCAUAUUGCGACCCCAGGUCAGGUAAGUGCAAUUUACAUACGCUGUAGGAAAGAGAAAGCAUAAUACCCGCCUCCAUGUCAUUAAUAAAAUCAGGUCUUUACGUCAUAUUAAUAGUAAAAUCUGGGAAUUAUAAAGGAUAAAGAUGCUUUACAUGGAUGAGGCAAGAACUUCAACCCUGGUAAACAAUUUAAGAAAAAGUGUCAUAUUUAUGUAAAGAACCUUUAGAUUAUUAUGUUCUCUUCUUAGUAAACUGUUCUUUUUAUUCAACCUACACAUGUUCUCUUAUUUAGCAUCAACAUUUUAAAUGUUUAAAAACUCCCAAAAAUACUUAAAAUGCAAACAAAAUCACAACUCAAUCCCUCUAAUAGACUUUAACUGAAAUUAUAAGUAAACUAAUCCACGUUACUAACACAGUGAGACUUAUUUAUGGAAAUCAAUAAGCCUGUUAGCUUUUUUUUAAUGCAAGUUUACUUUCUUGUGGGCAAAAAAGGGAAUUUCCAUUUAAGGUUUUCUUGAGCAAUAAUGCCCUGAAAGCUUUAGUAAUUGCAAGUUAUACAGUGAGCAGUGGUUAGAAAAAUUGAAGGUGAAAGAAAGCCUUUAACCAAUAAAAGCAGGUUAAUGUAUGAUAUACUAAGCGGAUGCUAAACAUUUAAUAAUGUGCUCUUUGAGUAAGUUAUGGGAUGAAAUGUUGUAUUCUUUAUUUUUUUUACUGAUUUCCCCAUUGUCACUGCAAGUCCCAUCCUCCAUUGUUUUAAACAAAUUAUUGUAUUGGGUAUUUAAAUAUUCUCACUAUGACAAUAAAGGAUGUCAUUAUAAAUAGAGUAGUAAAUAAAAAUUAGAAUGACCGAGGCUUCGUGUCUAUAUAAAACCCAUAUAAAAGUUAGAACAAAAAAUAAAAUAAACCAUUAAAGGCUGAACAUGAUGGACACAUGUCUUUUUUCAGCCUACAUAACUGUGCAAUAUAAUCAUGAAUAACAUUUUCCUAGUAAUGAAUUAUGGAUAAUGCAUAAUAGUGUACUAUGUAUUUUGGGAGAAUAAGACUAUUAAGGGGUACUGGGGAUAACUGAAGAUUGAGUGGUUUACGAAUACCUUCGAAACUUUGAAAUUAUAUUAUUUUGCCAUGAAAAACUUUGCUCAGCUAUGUAUAAUUUAAAUCAUAUGAUAUUAUUAAAUAUAUUUUAAAAAUAAUUGUUUUGAUUAUUUUAAUACUGGAGUUCCAGAAAUAUAUUGGCAUCUACCACUUCAAUUUCACUUCUCACAUCACUCAGAGAAAGACUGUCAGGGUUAUUCACUAAAGUAAGAAUGCUGUGAAUUCAAAAUUAAUUUCAAAAUUUAGACCAAAUAACUGUUUAAAAGGACACUAUAGGCGCCCAGACGACUUCAUAUCAUUGAAGUCGUCUGGGUGCGCUGUCCAUGUCCCUCUUAGUCCUGCAGUCUAAAACAAUGCCGUUUUAGAGAAACUGCAGUGUUUACAUUGCUGUGCAAACACUGCCUCUAGUGGCUGUCUACCAAACAACCACUAGAGUCACUUAAUGGAGUUUCACGGAGUUUGAAUUCAUAAAAAGACACUGGAUGUCCAUGAUCUGCAUGGUGAAGGAUUAAUGUUGUUGCUGUUUAGCACAUCACAUUAUUAAGUCCUUGUAUGCACCUUCAGCACUCCAGAUGUUGUGGACUACAUCUCCCAUGAUACAUUGCCAGCGUUAUGGGAGAUAUAGUCCACAACAUCUGGAGUGCUGAAGGAUGCUUAACCCUUGAUAGUCUAUAAAUAUAAUCUAUUUUCCUAAUGUAACACUCUGCAAUACAGUAUUUGAAACCACCAUCAGACCAUUAAAAUAAAAGACAGAGUAUGUAAUAUGUAUGUAAAUUUGGGUGGUUUGCAUUACUCAGAAAUAUGAUGCUUCAGUUGUUGUGUUAGUGCCCAUUUUAACAAUAGAAAAUAAAGGCAACAUAGUUUUAAUAAAGGCAACACUAUAUUUGUCCAGUAUUAUGCAUUAUAUGUCUAUUGGUAACUAAUAUUACAUGUUUAUCCUUAUGCACAAUAGUAUAUUUUUACUGCUAAGCAAUAUUCCAAAUGUUUACCAUUAUGCAAUAAUACAUAUGUCUGUCCUUAUGUGACUUAGAAUAUACAUAUUGUAUUCUGUCAAGAUGUUAUAUAGGUUUGAAAAUUCCCCAAUUAUCUCAGCCAAAUAGUAAGCUGGGCAUAUUGCGACCCCAGGUCAGGUAAGUGCAAUUUACAUACGCUGCAGGACAAGUUUGCUAUUAUGGCUGGAUUAAUGUUGCAUUAUAUCUGCUUUUUUGUAGUGAGACACUAACACAAUUACUAAAAGUCUGUCAGCUGAUCAAUUAUCAUAUUGCUACUAAUGCAGCACACACACACUGACACUCUGAUAUAAUCUGAUGGCCUUGUAUUGUCAAACUGGCUAGGCAGGGAUUAUACAGCAAAUUGUUCCACCCCUACGCAGUAUUUCUCUGUCAACAUGUCAAGGCCUUCGGUUCUCUUCCAAAGUGCAUCUGUGUGUCAGACAAACAGUUAUUGCUGUCUAUGGUUUAGGAAAUGUAUUGACAUUUAUGUGGAUUUUCUCUACUACUGAAUGUUACACUGAAAAUAUAGGAUGGAGGUGUAUUUGCCCAUAAUAUUUAAAUGGUAAAGAAAACAAAAGUGAAAUGUAGGAUUAUUGCAUAGCGACGUGAAACAAAAUAAAAUGUCAAGAUUAUUCACAAAACUGCGAAUUGUAGCCAGUUAAAAUCCUAAUGACAAUGUAAAAUAGCUGAUUUGGUAAAAUUCUAAAACUCAUAUAAAGUUACCAACUGUCUAUUUUAGCCUGUAUUUUGGCAUCUAUGCUUUAAUUAGCUAUAAAUCAGAGUUGAAUACCAGUGAUGACAUCGGCAGCACUAUAUAAAGAACGAGAUGAUAUAAUCGUUAAUAGCAUUUUUUAUCUAUAACAUAGACAUUUUGUUCAUUUCUUUAGCAAAAGCACAUACAGAGUAAGAAUAUAUCUAAUUAAAUGAAAUUAGAACUCAUGUACAACAAAUUGAUUGACAGAUAUAUCGCAAAUUUUGGUAUCUCAGAAGUCGACAUGUAUCUCUGCGUUUUUGUGAUGGGUUAAUUCUGGAAUGUGCAGAGCAGAAGUUGAGGCGAGGUGCAUAGUUGAAAGAAGCUGGCAGUGUGCAGAGGUAUAUACACCUCAUGAAUCUGAAGUCCCCCAGGGCCAAUAUAUAAAACCUGCCCUGUUCCGAAGCACUAGCUGUAUAUUUCCAGAUGACAGACCUGAAGCUGAGUUUCCAUGGCAACCACGGAAAUUUUCAUCGACUGAUUUUUAUAUGGAAAACUCUCAUUUUCUUCUGCCUAAGCAUCCUAUCCAUUAAUAUUAUGUACCUUUAUAGCCCCAUGUACUGUAUAGCUGUUACAUUUAAAAAAAAAAAAAAAGAAGCUGUUUUACUCACAUGUAAAUAUGUUAUAGUUCUCAAGUCUCAUAGGGUUCUGUGCUGAUAUAUUUCAGCCUCACGCUUCCUUUUUUCACUGUUCUGGUGACAUUCGCCACUUUUACAGCAAAUUGGUUGCCUUUUCGACCUUUCAUGUUUGUCCUUAGAUCUCCAGGGCCGUGAUACUAUAAUAGCAAAUGCUACAAUAUAUUUUACUUUAAGCCAAUUACAAUAUGGACUACUUGCCCUUUUGUAGCACGUUUUAUUAAAGUUACCAUUAUUAAACUCCAUCAAAGCCACACAGCAAUUUAUUUAUUUAUUUAUUUCUGGACGUAUUACACUGGGCUCCUCUCGCUUUCAGACAGGUAAGACGCCGUGUAGUCUCAAACCACCCAAAUCAGUUAGAAUUUUUGCCACCCUGGCUUUUUUAACAGUGUUUCGGGAUAAUCAUGGAUUUAAUUGCCAUUAUUAUCAUGACUGCUCAAGACACAAUGUCAUCUAAAGUGGUCGUGUAAUUAUUGUAGCAUUAUCCACUGAAUAUCUCUAAUAAUCCCAUAUAAAUCACUCUGGUUCAGUCGCUUCAAUUAGGCUGCGGUUGAGUUUGCAAUAUUUCAGCAGACGGAUUAAUGCAACACCCAGAGCGGGAUGCAGUCAUUGUAGUUGUAUUCAGUGGAUGUAGUUGUCUAUGGGUUUUUUUUUUUUGUGUUUGUUUUAUUUUAGUUCAUGUUAAUGGAGGUUCAGGACUGACAGUUAAGACAUUUGUUCACUCUGCUUGUUUUUUUUUUUUUUUUUUAAAUACAGCUCCCU